GAAUGUAUGUAUGAGCGUCUGUUUGUUCAAAUGUAAGCUUGCACUUUUAUUUUGGUACAUUGGCGUGUUUUGGAUUGGGCUGCGGUGCUUUUAGUGGUUACAGUAUAACCGGAAAUCAUAAUUAUAACUCCUGCGAGCUUGACAGUGUAUCGGGUGAGGGGUCAUAAAUUGAGACAGGCUCCCCACAUUUGCAUACACUGUUUCCCACUGCGGAGCAGAAAGACAACAUGACCCUGCACCGCUCACUCUCUGCUCGGUAACUCGCCGCUAGCACCGGACCGAGGGGAUUACUUUCUGUAGUUUGGGGGGUUGGUUGGUUGGACCACCACUUUUCUUUUACAGUUUUUUUCCUGUACUUAUCUUCCCUUCUCCGUCCGGCCGGCUGCUGCCAUCUCUCCACGGCUACGGGAGAGGUCCAGCCGAGCUGAACCCCGCUGAGCCAUGCGACAGUGGUGUGUCCCCGCUGCGACCCCUCGCACUGAACCACUCCCGGGGCGCCUGUCUGUGUCACCCCCUCCGGCAGAUGCCAGGAUGGAGUGCUGCGAGGUGGAGCCACGCUACACCAUCGAACAGAUCGACCUCCUGCAGCGCCUGCGUCUCUCCGGCAUGACCAAACCUCAGAUCAUACACGCUCUGGAGUCUUUGGAGAGGCUCGACCCGGACCACCGCCCGACGCACUGUGACUCUCAACCCGCCCCAUCCAACAACGCCCCCACCACGGCCGCUCCAGCCCCGUCCUCAUCUUCAUCUUCUUCCUCCUCUUCGCUCUCCUUAGCCUCUGCCACCACGCAGACCUCCGGCCUGGACGGCGCCGCUCUGUCCCCGAGCAAUAGCUACGAGGCCUCGCCUCCGCCCCUCUAUCCUCCCAGCGUGGCAGUUCAGCGGUCGUUCAGCUACGACAUGAUGGGAGAGGAGGAGUGGGACCUGGAGGAGAAGGUGGAGGAGUACAUGAGGAGAGACAGCAACCUGGUGAAAGAAGAGAUCAAAACUUUCCUUAACAAUCGCAGGAUCUCGCAGGCGAUCGUGGGCCAAGUUACAGGCAUCAGCCAGAGUUACAUCUCCCAGUGGCUGCUGCAGCAAGGCCUGGAGAUGAGCGACUCCAAGCGCAGAGCUUUCUACCGCUGGUACCUGCUGGAGAGAAAUAACCCAGGGCUGAGAUGGAGUGAAAGCCAGCACAGCGUGAGUCCCAUGCCCAGGGCCAGGGGAGGGGACAGAGACGGGACGGUAGCAGGGGCAAGUGGCAGCCUCCCCAACCCCAACACCAACCUCAACCCCAACCCAGUGUGGAGCAGGCAGAGAGAGCUGCUGAUGCACUUGCUGCCGUGGUACACUGCUGCCGCCGCAGCCGCCCAGACCCAGCCAGGGGCCACCUUAUCUAUGCGCUCUUUGGUGAAGGAGGAACCUGAUUGGAGGACAGGGAUCAUGGCUGGCGACAGAGCGGGGAUGGUGGGCGGUCCUCUGAGGCUGCGUAGAGGAAGCAGGUUCACCUGGAGGAAGGAGUGCCAAUCAAUCAUGGAGAGUUUCUUCAUGGAGAACCAGUACCCAGAUGAAGCCAAGCGGGAGGAGAUUGCCAACGCCUGUAACUCUGUCAUUCAAAAACCAGGUUGUAAGCUAUCUGAGUUUGAGCGCGUGACGGCAUUGAAGGUGUACAACUGGUUCGCCAACCGUCGGAAGGAGAUGAAAAGAAGAGCUAAUAUCGAAGCUGCCAUUUUGGAAAGCCAUGGUAUUGAGGUGCCAAGUCCAAGCUGCCACUCCAACGGCGAGGAAGGAGAGAUGCAAGAGUUCGCUGAUCAGGUGAAUCAUCGAUUCACAGAGCAAGAAGAGACCUCUUCCCUCAGGAUUGUUGAACAACAAGACCCCUCCUCAUUGGCUACCACAGAGGUCGCAGCCCUGCCGAGCCCCACCCCUCAGGUCCUGGAUCAGAAAGAGGAGGAUUCAAAAAGGGAAACUGUGGACGAAGAGUGACCAAAGCUGGUGGAGUUUGGAAUCAUCGUGUUUUGAAUUUUAAUCCGAUGAAAUAGGAAAAGAAUAAGUGAUCUCCUCCUCCACCCAUGUAAGGGGGGCCUUUGGGGCCUGUGGCACCCAAAACUCAAAAGGAGGUGGGUGCUGAUGCUCGCUGAGGUGCCUCUGAUGGUAAGGAGGCCACUGUAUUUAUCAACAGUAAUCCUGCUUAUAUUAACGGCAAUAUACAGUAUAUAUAUAUAUAUAUCUAUAUAUAUCAAUAUAUAGUGCAUUCCAAGAUGGUAUUAAAAAGCCUAAAUUCCUUAGAGGGAGAAUUAUGUAAAGGAUACCUCGCCCAUUUUAAGCUACGCCUUUUCUUUCUUUCUGAGCUACACGCCUUGUUUUAAGCCUUUUUAAAGAGCGGCUGUUUGAUGGACUGUGGUGACAUGAACGUGCUGAGCCUGCAGGUCAGGUGUGUUCGGGUGUAGGGAUAAAGUACGGCAUCAUGGAUCUAGUUUGUGGUGAUUUGGAAAAAAGCCCUCUGCUCGCUUUGAAUGUCUCUCGACUCCAUCUGGUUCGUAAGACUCUAACCUCAAUCAGUCGAUCAGUCGACGAGUGCUCUUGCUAUCAGAUCCGUAAAAGCCCUGAGGGACAACUGGAAUCUCAGGUAAUCCCAAAAAAGAAAAGAAAAAAAAAGGUGGAUAAAGACAGUGAAGAGUUGUCUUAACAUAACUCUGUUUUCCUCAUCUUGAUUUUCUUCAUCUCAACUGUGUUUAACCAAAAACCAGGAUGUGUUAUUUAUACCUUUUUAUAUUAGCAGAACAAGCCUAGGACAAUAUAUCAUCGGUAUCUUUUUGUCAUCUGUCUUCUUUGUUAUACUGAAUGCUGCUGUUUGCUCAUUUUUGUAGUCUGUCCUCAUUUUAAAGUCAAAUCCUCAACUCAGCCAGUGAAGCUAGACUACUUACACAAGUCUACUCAGACGUUUUUUUUGUCUUUGUUUUUUUUUACGUUUGAAAGAACGCUAAAACCAAUGUGAUCAAAACUCAUCGUGCAUAAUAAUAGUCGUUCUUCAUGCUACAAGCACCUUCUCUCCCAUCGGAAUAAGCUAAAGCUUAAGCUCAUGUAAGUUUUUAUGACUGCGAAGCUGCACUUCAAAGUGGAUCUCACUCUAAUUGAAAGAUGGGAGUUUAAAAGACUGUACCUGCAUUAGACAUGUACAUAACCCAGAGAAUAUACACAUCUAUGGGUGCUUUUCUUCAAAUUAUUAGCACUAUAUAGAAAACUGUUAUUUGUCAAACUUGAAAUA